GUCCGUGCUGGUGCUCGGCGGCACGGGGUUCAGAGGGCGCCCCACCACCGAACGGUUGCUGCACGACGGGCACAACGUGACCGUGGUGAGCCGCGGUCAGUUCUACUGGAAGGGCCGCGAGGAGCUGCUGCCUCGGGUGAACCACUGGAGGUGCAACCGGACCCUCACUGUGAACAAAAAGGGGCCGCGCUGGAGAAGUCGUCCGGGCUUGCGGCCUGCAACCAGUUCCACGACGCCGGCUUCUUCGACGCCGUGGUGGACUUCUCAUCGAGGAACCACCAGGAGGUGCGGCAGGUGGCGGGGCUGCUGAGCGGGCGCGUGGGAGUGUACGUCUUCGUCUCCUCCCACCUCGUGUACCGGGUGUCCAGGGCCCCCGACCACGACGGGCCCCUGCUGGAGUCGGACGCCGUGAGGCCCGGCCGCGAGGUGUCGCCGCUGGCCCGCGAGCAGGCGCGGGGGAUAGAUGCGCGCGGCGACGGGGACCUGGACUGUGAGACGGAGCUGAUGAAGCAGUACAACGCCGGCGGGUUCCCGUUUGUGGUGCUUCUCGGUGACGCGUGA